AUGGCUGAUGAGAAGCCACGAAGAAAACUAAUUUUACAUUUUGAUGCCAGGAAUACUUUGUUUCUGUCAGAUAAAAGUUAUCGUUUUACUAUUGAAGAGGCACUGAACAAUUACAUUUCUGGAAUUGUAUGGGGUCAAUUAAAAGAAAAAUCUGAAAAAAAUGAAAGUAAUGAUGUACAAAACAAUUCGGAAACUAUCUUACCAAUGGAUUGUAAUCAAGAUCAUUCAAGUGAUAUGAUUGAAAAAAAUGAAAGUCAAAGUGAAAGUAUAAAACCUGUAAAGUAUCAAGUUCUUAACGAAAUGAAUCCAAAUCAAAAUCAUGAAUUUAACUCUUGUAAAACAACAAUAACCACCCCCACAACAACAACAAUCACAACUCCAAUGGAUACUCGUCAACCAUAUGAAGGUGAAAAUUUUGAAAAUUUAACAUCAAAUGAAUUAGCUAAUUUUAAAUCAACAUUAGCAUGUUGGAAUCGUUUACCAAUACCAUUAUGUAUUAAACAACCUCAACCAAAUGCAAUAAGUAUAUAUAAAUUAUUAGAGAAACAAAUUGUUAAAAUAACAUCCGAUAGAGGUAGAAUAAGAAGAUAUUUAGGUAAUUUUACUCAAACACCAGAAGGUUUACCAUAUCGUAAUUUAUUUAAUGAAUAUUUAGAAAUGUUAAAAUUAACACCAAUUGAAUCUAUUAAUUCACCAUAUUGUUUAUGUGUAAAUAGUGGAAAUAUUAAUAAUCACCAUGGCAACAACAACAACAAUAAUAAUAAUAAUAAUGAUCAUAUAAAUAAGAAUGAAGAUAAUCAUUAUUAUCAUUAUUUAAUGCCAGCUUUUUAUCGUUUAUUAACAUGGCUUAUUGAAACAAAUCGUCAAUUUGCUAUAUUUAUACGUACCUAUGGUAAAGAUGGUGAACAUAUUUUAUCAGCUAUUGAAGCUUAUAUUCAUGGUAAACAUUCACAAGAGAAAGCACCAUUGAAUGCUAAACAAUAUAUACCAAUUGAUUAUACUAAAUGGUAUUUAAAACGUUCUGAUCAUGAACCAUUAUUUCAAUUUAUUAAAGAAAUUCCACAUAAAGAUCUAUUAGAUCCUGAUAAACAAUUUAUCAAUAUAUCAAAUAAUCCUAAUGAAAUUUAUCAAAUAUGGUCCAAACAAAUUGGUGUACUGCAUGUAAUAGAUGAUUUCAAUUAUUGGAAAUCACAUAAUUAUCAUUAUAAAUCAUCGAAACCUUUAUGGUUUAAUCCAUAUGAUCCAUAUAUUCAACAUAUAUUAUUUGAUGAUAAUAUACGAUUUGAAGAAGAUGGUUCUAAUGUCAUUGAUUUAUAUCAACUUAAUACUACUACUACUACUAGUAGUAGUAGUAGUAGUAGUAGUAGUAGUAGUAGUAGUAAUGGUAAUGGUAAUUGUAAUAAUAAUGAUGAUGAUGACAUAACCUCUUCAGAAUCUAAUCAUUAUCAUCAUCUUGAUAAUAAAGAAGCUAUGAAAUGGGAAAAUAUUUAUUAUGUACAAGCGGAUUUAUUAAAUAUAAUUAAAAAUAGAAAUUAUUUUAUUGAAAAAGUUAAUGA